UUCUCUUGGCUUUUCAAUCCGUGGCUCUGCGCCGUACAAUUAUCCUGGCUUGCGAGACCUGCGGGGGGGAACACGAAACACGUAGAUAGUCUUGAGUGUUGUAUUUUUUGGCCAUCGCGGAGUGCCCCACAAGUUCCCCCCUCAUCCCCUCCUACAUUCGGACCAUAUCGAAACGUCACCUUCCCUUCACACACUCCGAGUGAAACCCUCUCAACACCUCUGCCCGCUUCUUCAUCAAUCUAUUCGUGCAGAAGCAUUCUCAUCAGCCCGUAUAACUAUGGGUUCGCCAAAGAAAGGCUCAGCCGUCAAGGGUCUCGCAGCAAGUGGGGGGGAUUCUCCCAGACCAACCAGGACCGCCGCGGAACUCGCAAGAGAGAAGAAGUUGCGAGAUGACCCUAUGGCGGAGGUUCACGGACCCCUCUUCGUAACUUGCAAGCGAUGUGGCAACCGCAUCAAGUUGUCACCCAAGAGUUCCUACGAUCCAUUCCAUUGGACAAAACAUCGCGAACGAUGUCUCCGGAAACCUGUUGGUCAGACCCAGCGCCAUACCCCAAAGGAAACAACGCCCCCCGCCACCAAAAAGUCCUCGCCGUCAUCUUCAAAUACAGACGGUGACAAUGUAACUCCACCUCCUCUGACGCCCCAAGAUGAACGCGCAGCAAAUACAUCUGAUGUCUUCAAGCUAAAAUCUCCCUCUCCCCAUGAUGACAUCAACAUUCCAACACAUUCUGCUACUUUCCCCGUCACAGAACGAUGGCAGUCGUGGAACUGGUCGGAGUUGCGAUAUCCAAAAUGGCUGACCGAUACCAACCUCAUGCCUGUUGGUGAGCGUUCCCCGACUUCCACGCUAUCCCUCCAUCCGGGAAAGCCUGACCAAGACAAUCCCUCACUACCCACGUGACCGCAAUUCUUUUCACCUAGGGACGGCGUCCCACCCACCUGUUUUCGCUUUCAUACACUACCACACUUCUAACAGCGCUAUCUCGUCCUCUCGUCUAUCUUUACAUAAAAGCAUCGGCUCGUAGUCAUCUCACUCUAGUCUUGCAUAAGAAUAACCGUAUCACGUUCCUGUAUAUACCAGGAUGACGAUUUUA